AUGGACAGUUUGGAAGACUUUGAGAAGCAGCUCGCUGCGGAAAAGGAGGAGCGCGAGCGCGCAAAAGAAAAGGAACAACGGCGCAAGCACAAACAUCAUCAUCAUCGCCGCGACAGAUCAUCAGACCGCGACCGCGACCGAGAUGGAAAUAGGGACAAGGACACAGAGAGAGACAAAGACAGACACAGAGAUAGGGACAGUGACCGCCACCGAUCACAUCGAUCUCGAGACGACCACGACGAGGAAGAUGACAAGGAUGGACACCGACACAAGCGAUCGCGCCAUUCGCGUCAUGACGACCACCACGAAGAGGAAUCGCGGCACCGACACAGACACAGGGACCGGUCGGGUGAUAGGUACAGUGAAAGGGACAGGGAGCAUAGAAGUGACCGCAGGCGUAGCACUAAGGACACGAAAGACCUCAAACCGACAGACGCCAAAGAGGACCUCCCCUUGCCGGACGAGGAGAAGGCCCCCAUGGACGUCGACAAACCGGCGCUUGUUCGCGACUCUUGGAUGACAGCACCAUCUGCGGUAGAUGUCGAUUACGUUCAACGAGGCAGGAAGAGGAGCCCAUCGGCCAAAAAGGAAGAGCCGAAACGGGUGCUACAUGAGAGGGAGGUCAAUAGAGGAUUAGCUGAGAUGGAGAACUGGUCCAUGCCAGUUGAGCGAGAUAUCGAGAGAGGGCAGGAACCUCCACGGAAGCGAGAAGUCAACUACACAUUUGGUGACGAAGGGUCGCAAUGGCGAAUGACCAAGCUAAAGGCAGUUUACACGACGGCGGAGCAGACGGGCAAGACAGUCGAGGAGGUUGCUCUUGAGCGUUUUGGAAGCCUGGAAGAAUUCGACGAGGCCAGAGAAGAGAAGAUCGAGGUGGACAGGAGGAAGCUGUACGGUGAGGGCUACGCUGGCAAAGAGAAGCCAACAGGCGAGUUAUACGAAGAGCGUAUGGCAAAGAUGCGUUCCCAGCGACCCGAAUCACCAGACCGCGAAAAAUCAUCACCGCCCGCGCAAGGUGUCAUCAUCGAGGAUCAACUACAAAAAGCGCCUCCCAUCGACCAAUCGACCCUCAACCGCAUGCGCGCCGCCCUUAUGAAGGCCAAGCUUCGCAAGGCCCCAGAGGCCGCCAAGCUCGAGGAGGAGUAUAACGCCGCCAUGGCCGCCUUCCAAGCCGGCAAUGCCUUCCAAGCAGGUAGCGUGUCCGGCGCCGCCGUCGUCCUCGACGCCUCGCACAACCGCAUGCUAGCCGGCCCGCGCGGCGAAGUCGUAGCCGUGACCAACACCAAACGGGGCCGCGAGCGGGGCACCGUCGUCGAAAACGAAGACAUGAGCAUCGACGACAUGGUACGCGAAGAACGGCGCACUCGCGGCCAAGCCGGCGGCGAAGGCCUUCGUCUAGCCGAGCGCAUCGCCAAAGACGCCAAAUUCGACAACGACCUCGAGUACCUGGACGAAAACGCGGCCAAGCUGGCCAAGCGCGUGCACAAGAACGAGGCCUCGCUCAAGAACGUAGCGGUAGCCGAGUACAGGAAACUCAACCGCAUCCUCGACACCUGUCCGCUGUGCCACCACGAAGAGCAGGCCCCUCCCAAGAACCUGCCGGUCGCGCCCAUCAUCUCCCUCGCCACCCGCGUCUACCUAACCCUCCCGACUUCCCCCGAACUAACGGGUGCCGAAGGCGGCGCCCUGAUCGUCCCCAUCAGCCACCGUACCAACCUGCUCGAGUGCGACGACGACGAGUGGGAAGAAAUCCGCAAUUUCCAAAAGUCGCUCACGCGCCUCUACCACGAACAGGGGCGCGAGGUGCUCUUUUACGAGAACGCUGCCGCUCCCGGGAGGAGACUACACGCCGCCAUGAUGGCCGUCCCCAUCCCCUGGGACCUGGGCGACACCGCGCCCGCCUUCUUCCGGGAAGCGAUGCUCUCGGCCGACGACGAGUGGGCGCAGCAUAAGAAGGUGAUCGAUACGGGCAAGGCGGCGCGCGAGGGCGGCAUGGGAAAACUGGCGUUUAGGAGGAGUAUUGCCAAGGAGAUGCCGUAUUUCCAUGUGUGGUUUAAUCUGGAUGGGGGGUUGGGCCAUGUGGUGGAGAACUCGGAGCGGUGGCCGAGGGGCGAUUUGUUUGCGAGGGAAAUCAUUGGCGGAAUGUUGGAUUCUGAGCCGGAUGUUAUCAAGAGGCAGGGGAGGUGGUCGAGGAGUGAUGAGAGGGUUGAUGGGUUUAAGAAGAGAUGGAGGAAGUUUGACUGGACGCGGGUGCUUACUGAGGGCGCUUGA